AUGGAGGAUAUAAAUGCAACACUAGUACUAAACUGCUCAUUCACAGAAGAAAGUGAAGAAUCCAUUGAGCCUGGUUUUGCAAUUAAGUGGAAAUCAGGAAACGGUGACAAUAUUGCUGGAUUUUCAAAGCCAGGUGGUGACAAUCCUAAAUAUUAUUCACCCGGAGAGUAUCUUCGUAAUAGAUCCGAACUUAUAAAUCCCACUGAAAAUUCAUCGAGCGCUUUGAUAUUUAUCAAUGAAAUAGUAUGUGAUGAUGAAAAACCGUCAUACAAAUGUACCGUUAGAUUUGAUCAUGCACUUAAUGGCGAUGAUGAAGAACCCUCCUCAGAAAUAUCCAUUUCCUUACGAAAGUCAGCCAGAAGACCUUUAGAUAUUCAAUUGAUUUCAAACUCAGAACUAAAAGAAAACCAAGAUCUGCAAUUAAAUUGUGUAGCUGAUGUAGGAAAACCACCUGGAAUUGCAAAAUGGUGGAAAAUCCCCACUGAAAACAACUUUAUUUUGAUAAAAGAGUCUGAUCAAAUGUUUGAUGAAGCCGGAAACUGUGAAUUUUUAACCAAUGUUAAUAUCACAUACAAGGUAACAAGAGAAGAUAAUGGGGCGUUCUUUCGGUGCACCUCGCAUAGCAACAAAAGCAAAGAUGAAGGUCCAGAGGACACUUUACUGUAUAGAGAUACGAUAAAAAUAAAUGUUCUAUAUGAAGCUAUAGUUCGCAGCAUCAUUCGAGUUCCUGAAUUGGAUGUUUACCCAAUAUCCACUUCAAAGCUCAACAUAACAUGUGUAGCUGAUGGAAACCCUGCACCAACUGACGAUGAUUGUAACUGGAUCUCUCAAGCUGCAAACUCCAACACAACGGAGAAAAUUACUUCUAAUGGAAAGUUUCUUAUUCUGCAAAAUCUUCAAGAAUCUGACUCAGGAACUUACACCUGUUCUGUCUCAAAUUCUUUGAAUUCAACUCAUUCUUCAAAUAUUACAAUUAUUGUUAAUGGAACGAUUCCAGAACCACUGCCUGUUUUACAUUGUCGUUCGAAUCCAUGUGGUGUUCUUGAAAAUUGUGUAGAUCUUGGACAAGUGUACAGCUGUGAAACCAAUGCUCUUUCUGUCGUUGGCGUUCUUUUCCUUAUCCUAACAAUAGCAUCCCUUGCUGUAUCGUUUGGACUCGCAUACUACAUACGGAAACUUCAUAAAAUUUCGAAAAUUGGUGUGCAAAAUGGAUCUUUCAGCAAUGGUAAAGCUACGGCAUACCCAACGAUAGAAAAUAAGAGCGACGUGAAAACAUGUAAUACAACUGUUUCCCAGGAAGAAACCAACGAUGCAAUUUAUGCUCAAAUCAACAACUCAGAAAGUUCACAACCAUGUUCACAACCAUAA